GGCAAAGCGUAAAUAUCUUUAUUUUGCCAGCUAACGUUAAAAAAUUUGAUUAAAUAAUGUAUAUAGCUGCAUAUCUGAUAAAAAUUGGGGACUCAAAAAGAAAAGCCUACCUGUCAUUUUUCAACAGUAGGGACGAGUUGCAUGGGGAGCUGACAAAUAAGACCAGUUGGCAUAGAAAAAACGCUCGGCCGAGAACAAAUUAUAAAGCUGUGCAGAUGAGGUAUAUUAAUAGGAAGGCUUGACUGUCACAGUCUUUUUACUCGUGAAGACGCGGAGCUUCGUGGCGAGUCGCCGGACAACUAACGUUCUAGUUACGCAGUGAUCAUAAAAUACAUUUGGUAGUGUUAAAUCUUAAAUCAUGGACGUGUUGGAAGUCCUCAAUUUGGGCGAUGUAGCCCAAACGUUCUCAAAAAUGGGAAUGUUUCCCGUUUUUGAUCUUGCUUAUUACAUCGUGUCCAUACUCUACCUCAAGUAUGAACCAGGUUAGUGGCAUUUUUUUCCCUAUACAUUCAUGUUCAAAAAAUGAAAUCAAUAGUUGUAAUGGAUUUAUAAUUCUAAUUAGGUAGGCUAUUGAAUAUAAUACAGGUCAACUUUGAAAUAGAUGGGUAUGUUGAAUAGGUUAUAACCUAGGCUAUAUGCGUUGUCAACCCCUGAAAAGUAUAACACCAAUAGAUACAUGUACCUAUGCAAGUAAUAAUUUGUCAAUUUAUACAUAGGCCUACUAUGGAAAUCAUUAUAAACUUUUGAUAACUUGAAUGGAAUUUUAAUUUGUCCAACGAAUAACAUUUGCAGCAGCAGCUUGGCCUACUUUGAGAGAAGAAGUAAGAAACCCCUACAGGAGUUAGAUUAAUCCAGUUUCCUUUAAUACCUCACAUUUCCCAACAUUUAGCCCUUUAAACAGAAAUGGUCUCCUGUAUGAAAUCGGAUGAGACCCGUUGCAUACCAAAGCUUUGGCCCCCAUGCAAUAAAUAGAAUGUCCUAUAAAUAGAUGUCAGUGGGCUAGCUACACACUACAGAAAGUCUCUUCUGUUUCGGAGUAGGAUUGUUCACAGCCCAUGUGUAAUGGUUAUUGUAAGACCUCAUUGACAUUGUAUUAAUCAAAGGUGAAGCUUACAAUACUCAAUAAUAUUUUCAGCCAAGCCUCUUAGAGACCAAAAAUAUGGCCAAAAGCACUGAUGUUGGCCUCGAAAUGAACAUGUCUAAUAAAAUCCCAGCACUAUUGUACCCUUCUGCAUUCCCUUGUUCACACAAAUAAAGGUAAACUGAAUGAAGAAAUUGCAUUUGUUCAUUGUGAAAUAAGUUUGAAAUUACUUACUCAUUGACACAUUUUUGUGUUACAAGUAAAUGAUAGUGGUCUAUAAAACCUGGUAUCAAAAUACUCUCAUUCCCUACCUUGCCUCUUUGGCCAAAUGUUAGUAAAAUCUUAGUAAAGACAGGUGGAACGUUUUUUUUUCUCUCCAGUAAUGGUUCAGAGAAGCCGCAUGAGUUCCUAGACCUAUGUAAAACAAUCUCUGAGUCACAUGUUAGCAGUGGUUCCCUGGUUCCCCAUGAAUGAGUUUGGGGGCUGGGGUGUUAAGGGUAAAAGUUUGUGUCAGGCCUGCCAGUUGCGUUGUGAGGCAGGAAAAGCAAUAGAGCAACGUGUAUUUUUAGGGUGCAUUUCUUUGGAUCAGUUUUCUGUCAAACAGCAAGCUAAUUGGUCCUACACCCAGAAUCACACCUGUUCUUUUAGAUCUUGACAGUUCUGGCGCCCAGCAGGGGGACUCACACAUCCAGAUUUACUCUACAAUGUUACAACGAUCCAUAGAUGUUUAAAACACUUCAUUAUAGUAGCUUUGGCUUUUUAAAAUUACUUUGGUUGUAGUGAAAAACUUGAUUUCUCUUUCCUCGUGACCAGUAACACAAAUGAGUCAAGUUAAUUAAUAAUUGAGUAAUGGAUGAGUAAAAGGAUUCAGAGACUUUCUCGUGUGGUGGGUACUGUAACUUUGCCCUUGAGUAACUCACUCAAUGGUGGGAGUGACAUGAGUGGAUCAUUGCUGUAAUAGUAAACUGCUGGUAUACAUUUGAUGAGAGCUAAGGAAGAACUAACCAAAACAUAAUAGUACACACGCGCGCGCUAACACUUAUAAUAACUUUGAUGAAUAAGCAUUAUUAAACAAUUGAUAAACUAUUAAUAAAUGUAUACUUCAUGAUUUACUAACCUCCAAGUUUGUGUGCGUCUGUAAGUUGUUGUACGUAUGUGUAUGUUUGUAUCUGGUGUGGGGAUUUUGUUUAUGAAAAAAUGUGACAAUAUAAUGACUGUAAGUCGCUUUGGAUAAAAGCGUCUGCUAAAUGGCAUAUUAUAUAUUAUAUUAUAAUAUUAUUUUAAAAAAUUAAAAUAUUUACUAUUGUCCAGAAACAUUUAUAAGCAUUAUAAACAUUACAAAUCAUGAGAAUGUAUUAUAUUUCAAAUGAUUUAUGAAACAUUUAUAAUGGGUUAUUAAUUAAUGUUACUAAAACGCGUUACCAAUGUAUAAUCUGACUUAAUGUGGGGAAUAUAUCUAAAUCCUGAUUCUUCUGCAGGGUCAGUAGAGGUGGCUCGCAAGAGCCCUGUGGCCUCUUGGCUCUGUGCCAUGCUGUAUUGCUUUGGGAGCUACAUCUUAGCAGACGUUUUGCUCGGCGGUUGCCCCCUGGACUAUUUUCAAUACAACAGCCACAUCCUCCUAGCCUCCAUUAUUUGGUAAGAUUGUUUAAAUGGUUAAUGUGCUUAUCUUCAUACAUUAUUGGUUUAGUGUUUUUUUAGAAAGUGCAAAACCUGUGUCUGUAUAUGCCUAGGAUUGUUGAAAUAGGCCAAAUUGAAUUUGGAGUAACAUUGAUAGUAAUUAUUUCAAAAUUAUUUAGAAAUGUUGUUGUCAAAUAACAAAACCGCCACAACAUUAUUAAAAUGUACUCUUUUGUUUCUCUCUCGUUCACAAAAAUGUAACAAUAGGUACCUCAUCUUUUUCUGCCCACUUAACCUGUUCUACAAAUGUGUGGCAUUCCUGCCUGUAAAGCUGGUGCUGGUAGCCUUAAAGGAGGUUGUCCGCACUCGUAAAAUCGCCGCUGGCGUGCACCAUGCCCAUCAUGCCUACCAUAACGGCUUCCUCAUCAUGGUCAUCAUCGGCUAUGUCAAAGGUUGGUGUCUCCCUGCACUUCUUCCCUUUGCUACUGCUGCAACCUGUAGGACCUUCCUUGUGAGUGUCCAUUUUGUAAAGAAGCGAGAUACAGACCUUUGUCCUAAUUAUUUAGACAUUCUAUUUACAUCCUCCUAGGGUCAGGAGUGGCUCUCAUUUCCAAUUUUGAGCAACUGCUGCGUGGUGUGUGGAGGCCUGAGACCAAUGAAAUCCUCAACAUGUCAUUGUGAGUUGGUUUUCGUCACGACUCUGUGGUUGAUGUCAGCUGUCGACAUUUGUUGCAGCCUCCUCAAGCAGGAUAUAUAUAUUUUUUAAUGUCUGGUUGUUAGAAAUCUAAGCUGUUUCAGGACGACCUAGGAGGUCCCAGUUCUAGUUUUUGACAGCAAGACAAUGUUUUCCUAUUACAGCAAAUAAUCUGAUAUUGAUAUUUACAUCUACAACUUCUGAAGGUAUCAGGUAGUUACACAACUGGAUUUGAAGUCAUUCAAAUGCAUUUAUUGACCCUCUAGGUAUCUAAAAGAUAUGAUACAUUUGUAAAUUGGGCUGAACUAUCCUUUUAAAGCUGACAAAUGGAUAACAAUGGAUAUUUUCUUUCAAGAGAAAUGUUGUGACUGUCUGAUUUUCAUAAUAUUUUCCCUCUCCAGCCCUACUAAAGCCAGUCUGUAUGGAUCCAUUCUGUUUACACUUCAGGAGGCACACUUGCUUCCCGUGUCCAAGAGCACCCUCAUCUGUCUUUUCACUCUGUUCAUGGCUACUAUAAAGGUAGGUGCUGAAGUCCAUACUAGUGAGUGUGCAUCAAACAUUUACUCAGGGUUUGGGCAAAUAUGCUUUAACUCAAUGUCAAGGCUGAGGUGUAUGUGGUGUGGGAGUCAGGCGCAGGACACCGAAGCUUAGUCCAACAAAGUUUACUUGUGAAUCACAAGGCAAAGAUACAACGAUCGGCCUCAAACAAAACAGAGGCGAGCCAUUACGCAAACUAUGCGUAAAACAAUAAAACAACAAAACAGAGAAAAAACACAAGGCACUACGGACAGGAGAAAAACAACACACAACCUAACCAGUACAACUCAGGCAACUUAUAGAACACGUAAUCAGACACAAACGGACACGGGUGUGACAGACAGACAAAAGCAAUCAAACAUAGAAACAUUCAACGGUGGCAGCUAGUACUCCGGGGACGACAAACGCCGAAGCCUGCCCGAACUAGGAGGAGGAGCAGCCUCGGCAGAAUCCGUGAGAGUACCCCCCCCCCUUGGCCGACCCCGGCCUCGGGGACGGCCAGGAGGACGCGGACCCGGGCGCGUGGGAUGCCCACGGUGGAACUCCGUCAGGAGGGAUGGAUCUAGGAUGUCCCUCCUAGGCACCCAGCACCGUUCCUCCGGACCGUACCCCUCCCACUCCACGAGAUACUGGAGACCACUCAUCCGGCGCCUCGAGUCCAAGAUGGUCCGGACCCUGUACGCCGGGGCCCCCUCGAUGUCCAAAGGGGGCGGAGGGGUCUCUCCUAUCUCAUGUUCUUGGAGUGGGCCAGCUACCACCGGCCUGAGAAGAGACACAUGGAACGAGGGGUUAAUAUUCUUGUACUCAAUAGGCAGUUGUAACCUGUAACACACCUCGUUCAAUCUUCUCAGGACUUUAAAGGGCCCCACAAACCACCGACCCAGCUUCCGGCAGGGCAGGCGGAGGGGCAGGUUUCGAGUCGAGAGCCAGACUCGAUCUCCCGGUGCGUAUACCGGUCCCUCACUGUGGUGGCGAUCGGCGCUCGCCUUUUGUUGACGAAUGGCCCGCUGCAGAUGGACAUGGGCAGCGUCCCACGUCUCCUCCGAGCGCCGAAUCCACUCAUCCACCGCAGGGGCCUCGAUCUGGCUCUCGUGCCAUGGUGCCAGGACCGGCUGAUAACCUAAAACACACUGGAAAGGUGUUAAAUUGGUGGAGGAGUGGCGGAGAGAGUUCUGGGCCAUCUCUGCCCAGGGGAUAUACCUAGACCACUCCUCCGGCCGGCCCUGGCAAUAGGACCUCAGAAACCUACCCACAUCCUGGUUGACUCGUUCAACCUGCCCAUUGCUUUCUGGGUGGUACCCCGAGGUAAGGCUCACCGAGACCCCCAAGCGUUCCAUGAAUGCCCCCCAGACUCUGGAGGUGAACUGGGGACCUCGGUCAGACACAAUAUCCUCGGGGACCCCAUAGUGCCGGAACACGUGGGUAAAUAGGGCCUCAGCGGUCUGUAGGGCAGUAGGGAGACCCGGCAUAGGAAGGAGACGACAGGCCUUGGAAAACUGAUCCACAACGACCAAAAUGGUGGUAUUCCCCUGGGAGGGGGGUAGGUCGGUCACAAAAUCCACCGAGAGGUGGGACCAUGGUCGUUGUGGAACGGGCAGGGGAUGUAACUUUCCCCUGGGCAAAUGUCUAGGCGCCUUACACUGGGCGCACACCGAGCAGGAGGAGACAUAAACCCUCACAUCCCUAGCUAACGUUGGCCACCAGUAUUUCACGCUAAGGCAGUGCACUGUCCGGCCAAUACCUGGAUGUCCAGAGGAGGGUGAUGUAUGAGCCCAAUAAAUAAGGCGAUCACGAACCUCGAGCGGAACGUACGUCCGCCCCACAGGACACUCGGGGGGAGUAGGGUCAGUACGCAGUGCCCGCUCGAUCUCCGCAUCGACCUCCCACACCACCGGAGCCACCAGACAAGACUCCGGCAGUAUGGGAGUAGGCUCAAUGGACCUCUCCUCUGUGUCAUACCGCCGGGACAGGGCGUCUGCCUUACCGUUCUGGGACCCUGGGAUGUAUGUGAUCUUAAAAACAAACCGGGUCAGGAACAUGUUCCACCUAGCCUGACGAGGGUUCAAUCUCCUAGCUGCCCGGAUGUACUCCAGGUUACGGUGAUCAGUCAGAAUGAGGAAAGGGUGUUGAGCCCCCUCAAGCCAAUGCCUCCACACCUUUAGGGCCUGGACUACAGCUAACAGCUCCCUGUCCCCUACGUCAUAAUUACGCUCCGCCGAGCUGAGCUUCUUAGAAUAUAACGCACAGGGGCGGAGCUUAGGUGGCGUGCCGGACCGUUGCGACAGGACUGCCCCAAUACCGGCCUCGGAUGCGUCUACCUCUACUUGGAAUGGUAAAGAGGGAUCCGGAUGCGCCAGCACCGGAGCCGAGGUGAACAGGUUUUUCAGUUUGACAAACGCCCUGUCCGCCUCAGCUGACCACUGCAAGCGAACCGGACCCCCCUUUAGCAGGGACGUAAUGGGAGCUGCAACCUGUCCAAAGCCCCGGAUAAACCUCCGGUAGUAAUUAGCAAAACCCCAAAACUGCUGCACCUCUUUUACAGUGGUUGGAGUUUGCCAAUUACGCACGGCCGACACACGGUCAACCUCUAUCUUCACACCAGACGCGGACAACCGAUAACCCAAAAAGGAGACGGACUCCUGGAAGAACAAGCAUUUCUCUGCCUUGACAUACAAGUCAUGCUCCAACAGUCUCCUCAACACUCGGCGCACCAGGGCUACAUGCUCGGCUCGUGUAGAAGAGUACACUAGGAUGUCGUCGAUGUAUACUACCACACCCUGCCCAUGCAUGUCCCGGAAAAUCUCGUCAACAAAGGAUUGGAAGACUGAAGGAGCAUUCAUUAACCCGUAUGGCAUGACGAGAUACUCGUAAUGACCCGAGGUGGUGCUAAAUGCUGUUUUCCAUUCAUCCCCCUCCGUAAUGCGCACCAGAUUGUACGCGCUCCUGAGAUCCAACUUUGUGAAGAACCGCGCUCCGCGUAAUGAUUCUGUCAUAGUCGCAAUCAGUGGAAGAGGGUAACUGUACUUAACCGUGAUCUGAUUGAGACUACGGUAAUCAAUACACGGGCGCAAACCCCCGUCCUUCUUCUUCACAAAGAAGAAACUCGAAGAAACCGGGGAAGUGGAGAACCGUAUGUAUCCCUGUGCCAAGGACUCGGCUAUGUAAGUCUCCAUAGCCGCUGUCUCCUCUUGAGACAGGGGAUACACACGGCUCCGUGGAAGUGCCGCUCCUGUUUGGAGAUCUAUCGCACAAUCCCCCUGUCUAUGAGGUGGUAGCCUUGUUGCCCUCGUUUUGCUGAACACGAGUGCUAAAUCCUCAUAUUCAGGGGGAAUGCGCAUUGCGGGCACUUGGUUCGGACUCUCUACCGAGGUCGCCCCUAAGGAAACACCUAGACAUCUCCCUACACACUGGGCAGACCACUCCAUAAGAGCCCUCUGUUGCCACGCAAUGGUAGGAUCAUGGGUGCUUAACCAGGGAAGCCCCAGCACCAUGGGAUACGCAGGAGAGUCAAUCAGAUAAAACUGAAUGAUCUCCUCAUGACCCCCCUGCGUCGUCAUCUUAAGUGGUGCUGUGACUUCUCUGAUCAACCCCGACCCCAACGGCCGGCUGUCUAGGGCAUGAACAGGAAAGGGGGCUUCUACCGGCCGAAGGGGAAUUCCUAACCUAUAACAAAAUGCACGAUCAACAAAAUUCCCAGCUGCGCCUGAAUCUACUAGCGCCUUGUGCUGGGAAUGAGGUGCCACCUGUGGAAAUCUCACAGGUAUACUCAUGUGACCAACAGAGAGCUCUGGGUAAGUGGGGCGCCUACUCACCUGAAAUGACUCCCCAGUGCGUGACCUGUCGUCCCCUCUCCCAGGAGACCCUCCCCAGCACCUGGCCGCGGUGUGUCCUCCACGGCCACAGUUGGUGCAGGGGAUGGCCCCCCUCGGGUUCUCUCUCCUCCUCUCUCUAGCGCCAGCACCUCCGAGCUCCAUGGGAAUCGGCUCGGAGGUGCUGGAGGGUGGAAUGGACGACCCCCACUCGGGACGUCCGCGGGUAGCCAGCAGGGUGUCGAGACGGAUGGAGAUGUCCACCAACUGGUCGAAGGAUAGGUUGGUGUCCCUGCAGGCCAGCUCACGACGAACGUCCUCUCGUAGGCUACACCGGUAAUGGUCGAUGAGGGCCCUCUCAUUCCACCCCGCAUCUGCCGCUAGAGUCCGGAACUCCAGGGCGAACUCCUGUGCGCUCCUCUUCCCCUGUCGGAGGUGGAACAGACGCUCCCCCGCCGCCUUCACCUCAGGUGGAUGAUCGAAGACAGCCCUGAAGCGGCGGGAGAACUCCGCGUAGGUGAUGGUAGCGGCGUCUAUUCCCCUCCAUUCGGCGUUGGCCCACUCCAACGCCUUGCCGGAUAGACAGGAGAUGAGGGCGGAGACGCUCUCGUAUCCCGAGGGCGCUGGGUGUAUGGUGGCCAGGUAGAGUUCCACCUGCAGGAGGAACCCCUGACACCCGGCUGCAGAACCAUCAUAUGCCCUCGGGAGCGAGAGCCGAAUGCCACUGGGUUCCGGUGCUGGGAGAGGAGGACUGGCCGUGUGUGAUGGUAUGGUGUGGGAAGGCGUGGGCACCUCUCCCGUAACCAACCGGCGCAGAGUGUUGGACACCUCGUUCAUGGCGGCCCCAAGUUGCCGGAUCAUGGUGUCUUGGUCGCUGAUCCGAUCCUCCAGCGACUUGGGUGCCGCCGCUGCUCCUGCUGACUCCAUACUGGUGUGUUGUUCUGUCAAGGCUGAGGUGUAUGUGGUGUGGGAGUCAGGCGCAGGACACCGAAGCUUAGUCCAACAAAGUUUACUUGUGAACCACAAGGCAAAGAUACAACGAUCGGCCUCAAACAAAACAGAGGCGAGCCAUUACGCAAACUAUGCAUAAAACAAUAAAACAACAAAACAGAGAAAAAACACGCAGCACUACGGACAGGAGAAAAACAACACACAACCUAACCAGUACAACUCAGGCAACUUAUAGAACACGUAAUCAGACACAAACGGACACAGGUGUAACAGACAGACAAAAGCAAUCAAACAUAGAAACAUUCAACGGUGGCAGCUAGUACUCCGGGAACGACGAACGCCGAAGCCUGCCCGAACUAGGAGGAGGAGCAGCCUCGGCAGAAUCCGUGACACUCAAGAAAUUGUGCAAAUUAAUUAACAAAAAUCCUUAUGGAAAAUAAUUGUCAAUACCCAGUUCAUGGAUUGAAUGUAGAUUAAUAUUUUGAACAGAUUUUUAAAUGGAAUUGAUCUCGACCCUACUACAGUAUUACAUACCUCUCCCUUCCUAUUGUUUGCUAUUAGUAUCAGCAAUUAAACAAACUUGAUAGUGAUCCUACUCUAUGGCAAUUUAGUUGUCUCAACUAGAAAUUACACAAACUAAGUAAAUCUUUUCACACUUAUGAUUUCUAUUUCACUCAGGUGAUUUUGACCACCCGCCACUCUCAUGGGUCUCCCUUCGUCCUCAUCGAGUCUUGGGUGUGCCACUUGCUCUUUGGCUCCCCUCUUGGAGGUGGUGAGGAGGAGCACCAUGCUGCCCCUGCCCCCGUCACCCCUGUCUCACCAGUCAAAACCAAGGAGGAGCUCAGCGAAGGCACCCGCAAGAGGAAGUCCAAGAAAGCAGAGUAGAACGCAAACUACUACACCAGUGAAGGGGGGAAAAAGGUCCCCCCAUCCCCAAAAUGCAUCUGAUCUCCCCUCAUGGUCCAGCCUUCUGUUUACAGUAGACAUGAUGGAGUCUCCCAUUCCUUGCUUGGGAAAGGUGCAGUUUGAUGUUUACCAAAUGAGGCCCUUUCUAUUGAAGCAAAUGGUGCUUUCUAUGUCAUAUUACACAGUAUGUGGAUUCUGUAAAUAGCUCACCAGUCUCACACUUAAAUCAUCAUCCCAGCCAGUACAUAUCUACUUAUUUAUUUAUGUAUUUACUUUUCUUCUGUGAACAUCUCUGCUACUGUGUGCAACAGCAUGUGGUGAACAGUGUACUGCAAGUUACAUGAUUGUUUUAGGAUGGCCUUUGUUUCAAGUGCUUCUGCUGUUAGUUAUCAAUGUUUUUGGUUUAAACCCAGUCAGACCUAUUUUAGUAAUGUAAAGAAAUUGGAUCAAAAGCACAAUCUGACACUAGAUCAGAUGAUCAGACAACAGAAUCAAUCAGACAAAAAUAUAAUGUGAAUAACACAUGGCUGCUUUUUACAAAGAAAACAAGUGAGAUUAAUGUCCUUUAUUAAUAAAGGCAAGUCAAAAUUCUUAUGUGGUGAGAGUUUUUGAUUCAGUUGUUUACAAUGAUAUUGCUAUAUGUUGUUAAUGGUUACUGUAAAAAAAAGAAAGUAUGAGGCUGCUGGACAUUCAUACAGAAAUGUGCAAUAUAAAAUUACAAUUCAUUUUGUUUACAAAAGAGAGGGUCACACUACCAGACAGAGCCAAAUAGUAUG